AUGCUAUGGCGCACUUUGCCGUCGCCAUGGCGUCCCGGGUCUUUUGUUCAGUCCCCGUUCCCUCAGCUCUCCAAUCGGUUUACUCGACCUCGCCAUAUACCCAGUCCGUAUCGCAUCCGACCGUUGCACGAUGACCGAUCCAUUCGACUGGUGCCUUCUUCUACAAUACCCUCUAUCCGUCACGCGAAGCUCCUGGAGGAUCCUACACAAUAUGAGGCAAAUCACAUAAAGAUUACUGGCUUGGUGCGGAGCGUGCGAAAGCAGAAAAAGGUAGCAUUCGCGCGCAUUGCAGAUGGCUCGACAUUGGCCAGUGUUCAGGCUGUGUUUCCUGAACCGGCUUUGGCGAAGGACAUAACAAACGGUGCCUAUGUCGCAUUGAUCGGCAGUUGGAUUCCAUCAGCAGGCGCAGGGCAGACCCAUGAAUUACAAGUGGACAGGAUUGAGACAAUAGGGGAGAGCAAUCCUUUGGAGAACCCUAUCCAGAAACAAUCCAUGUCCGUGGACUUUCUCCGGACCAUUCCUCAUUUGCGAAUGCGGACAUCUUUUCAGUCCCUCGUUGCUCGCACCCGGAGUCAUUUGACUGCUGCAGUGGGUUCAUAUUUUCACAAUGCCACCAAUCCCGUAUAUCAGGUGCAUCCGCCACUGAUCACCUCCUCGGACUGUGAAGGCGCUGGGGAAGUCUUCACAAUAACGCCGCAGAGCAGCGAACGAGUGCCCGAUUGUACUCCGAAUGCAUCUAAAGAUGAGGAGAGGUUAUAUUUCCGGGACCCGAAAUAUCUGACAGUUUCCUCGCAACUACAUCUUGAAGCGUACGCUGCCGAACUGGGAGAUGUUUUCGCAUUUUCGCCAACUUUCCGUGCCGAGGAAAGUGAUACCCCACGCCAUCUGUCUGAAUUCUACAUGCUGGAAGCUGAGCACCGGGCCAUCAGUUUGGAUGAUCUAUUAGCAAAAGUGAGGGCUCUUGUUGUGCAUCUUGUCCAGUCUGUGCGAGAACACCAAACGGGCAGAGAGCUCGUGAAAUAUUACACAGACCAAAGGCAUCAGGCUCAAGACGCCGAGCCCAUUGACCUAGAAGAUCGAUGGAACAGACUCGCAGGGCCUUGGCACACUGUGGACUAUUCGUCUGCAACCAAGGCUCUUAGGGAGGCACACGACUCAAACGGCGGAAAACUCUUCGCCACCCCACCGCAUUGGGAUCACGGUUUACAACUCGAACACGAACGCUGGAUUGUUGAGAACAUAGCAAAAGGCAACCCAGUCUUUGUCACCCACUACCCCAGAGCCAUCAAGCCAUUUUACAUGUUGCCCUCGUCUCCCUCGAAGUCCAAUGACCAACCUGAACAUGUUGAGCCCAGCUCAUCAAUUGACGGUCGGCAAACGGUUGCCUGCUUCGACCUCCUCUUGCCCUUUGGAUACUGCGAGGUUGUCGGCGGAAGUCUCAGAGAACACCGUCUGGAGAACUUGAUCAAGAACAUGCGCGAGAAAGGACUUCUCAAAAUAGCGGAGACACCCAAUGGUGAUGCCUAUCCAUUCCUGCAACCGGGCGAAAGCUUGGGCAACCUGAAGUGGUACGCCGACCUCCGACGCUUUGGAAGUAGCCCCCACGGAGGCUACGGGCUGGGGUUUGAUAGGUUGCUGGCUUAUCUCACCGGGGCGGGCAAUGUCAGAGAGGUCGUCGGGUUUCCAAGGACAUGGGGGAGGGCUGACUGUUAG